AUGUCAAACCAGCUUAUUGUCCCCGAUAGACCCCUCACGUGGCUCAUCACUGGCUGCUCUUCAGGGUUCGGCCUAGCUCUGACACGAAUUGCCUUGAAAAACGGACACCAUGUGAUUGCGACGUCACGCAAUCCCCAGAAGACCCCCGAGCUGGUCAAAGAAGUUGAGAAAGGCGGCGGGCAAUGGCUACGGUUGGAUGUCGAUGAUCUCAAAUCAGGAGAUGUCGUGAACGAUCUUGAGAAGAAUGGCACUGCUAUCGACGUUCUCGUGAACAGCGCCGGGUGGUCUAUCCAUGGCCCAGCUGAAGGAUUUACGGAAGAGGAGACCCGAGCGCAAAUGGAUACUGUCUUCUUUGGGACAUAUCGCUUGAUGAGAGCCGUGGCACCGCACAUGAGAGAGAGGAGGACCGGCGCUAUCGUCAACAUCAGCUCAGGCGCAGGGCUGGAGGGUCGAGAAUCGAUGGCAGUUUACGCUGCUGCGAAGGCUGCUAUGGACGGUGUCGGCAAAGUCCUUGCCAAAGAGAUGGCUCCUUUUGGAGUCCGUGUACUGUCAGUGGCCCUUGGAUCAUUCGACACCAAUAUGGGCCCAUCGGUGAAGUUGGCGAGGACACCGACUCCGGCGGACUAUGAGGGAAGUGCAAUGGAGAAGGUGUACCAAGUCAUGGCGGCGUCCGCCACAGAUGGAUUCCCCGCAGACGGUGAUCAUCUGAAAGCGUCUCAAGUAAUCUACGAAGUAAUCACUGGCACUGGUAUUGGGGAAGGAAAAGAAGCUGAAAGAGUGCUGCCCCUCGGGAGAGAUGUGGCCAAGCGUGUUGACGAGGUGAUCGCUGGAUAUCAGAGAACCAUGGAGGUUUUUGGAGAUAUUUGCGAAAAUGUAUACCUUGAGAGUUGA